AAAUGCUCCAAGAAAGUUGUAGAAAAUAAACUAUCAUACCACAAUAGUCUCAACCAAAGCAAAAAGAAAAGAAAGGCAUGGCAAUCACAUCUAAUCUCGCCAAAUUCAAUUCUCUGCAUCUAAAUCGUUCGCGCACUUUCUCUUCUACUUCUCUAUCUUAUAUCUCCACGCACAAUCCUGCUCUUGUGAACGCCAACAAGCAGUGUUCAAUAACAAACCUGAGCAUCAAUGGCAGAAGAAACAACAGGUCCGUCUCGAUUCAAGCCAUGGCUUCUUCGUUCGGCUCUAGGCUUGAGGAGACUGUGAAAAAGACUGUCAAUGAGAACCCAGUUGUUGUUUACUCUAAAUCUUGGUGCUCGUACUCAACUGAGGUGAAAACUUUGUUCAAGAGACUUGGCGUGGAUCCAUUGGUCAUUGAAUUGGACGAAAUGGGUCCCCAAGGCCCUCAAGUGCAGAAGGUACUGGAAAGGCUAACUGGACAGCAUACUGUCCCAAAUGUUUUCAUUGGGGGCAAACACAUUGGUGGUUGUACAGAUACUGUAAAGUUGUAUCGAAAAGGAGAACUUGAACCUUUGCUGUCAGGCGCUACUAAGAAUACAGAGAGCUAGCUGUCUUGGCAGUUGAUUACUUGGAGAAUUUCACUCUCUCCGGCAAACUUGUAUUUCUUGAGAAGAUCUGCUAUCUUUCUGUCUGUAGGAGUCUUUUUUCACCUCAUUAACAUAAAUACUACUUUAGCAAUUGUCUUAAUGUAUUUUCUUCAAUUGAACUGUAUAUGAAUGUAUAUGAACUUAUGAAAGUUUGUUGUCA